UAACAAUUGCGCGAUCCUGCCCGUGAAGAAUCUUUCAACUCAUGUCUGUCUAAUAGAUCCCCUUAUUCUAUUUGGGAAUAGCUUUCUGGCAAAUACGUUUGAAUACGUUCACGCUGCCGACCGAGGUUAGCCACGUGAGUGAAGGAACGAAGUGACUGAUCAAUCCGAUUUUUCAAACGACAAAAAAUGGCUUUACACGUGCCUAAGCCUCCUGGCGUAUCUCAGAUGUUAAAAGAAGGAGCUCGGCAUUUAACUGGAUUAGAAGAAGCUGUAUACAAUAAUAUAUCAGCUUGUAAACAGUUUGCACAAACAGUACGUACUGCUUAUGGACCAAAUGGUAUGAAUAAAAUGGUGAUCAAUCACAUUGAAAAGUUGUUUGUCACGAAUGAUGCAGCUACCAUUAUUAAAGAAUUGGAAGUUGAACACCCUGCUGCAAAGUUGAUGGUUCUAGCUUCUGAAAUGCAAGAAGCAGAAGUGGGAGAUGGAACAAACUUUGUUGUUAUCUUCUCAGGCGCACUUCUAGAAGCUGCAGAAGAACUUUUACGUUUGGGAAUUACCACCUCAGAAAUUGUGGAGGGCUACGAAUUAGCACUAGAAAAAGCAUUACAAAUACUAACAACGUUAAUUGUUUACGACGUCAAAGAUUAUCGAAAUAUUGAGCAAGUGAAAAUGGGAAUAAAGACUGCUGUAAUGAGCAAGCAAUACGGCAACGAAGAACUCCUUUCUGACUUAAUUGCACAGGCAUGCGUAUCUAUUCUUCCAGAAAAAGCAACUUUUAAUGUAGACAAUGUGCGAGUGUGUAAAAUUUUGGGAGCAGGAUUAAAUUCGUCUCAAGUUGUGCAGGGCAUGGUGUUUAAGCGUCAAGUCGAAGGUGACGUGACAAAGAUGUCGGAUGCAAAAAUUGCAGUUUUUACUUGUCCCAUUGAUAUUAUGCAAACGGAAACCAAGGGAACGGUUCUGAUAAAAACGGCAGAUGAGUUAAUGAACUUUUCUCGAGGAGAAGAAUCAUUGCUCGAAUCUCAAAUUAAGUCAAUUGCCGAUAGCGGUGCCACUGUAAUCGUAUCAGGCGGAAAAUUUGGUGAUAUGGCACUUCACUAUAUGAACAAGUAUAAGUUAAUGGCAGUACGUUUGCCCAGUAAAUUUGAUGUAAGAAGACUAUGCAAAGCCGUAGGAGCGACUGCAUUGUCAAAGUUGAUGUCACCAAGCAAAGAAGAUUUGGGAUUUGCGGAUACUGUUUACGUCGAUGAACUGGGAGAUACUGCAGUUGUAGUAUUUAGGAUAAAUGGAAAGGAAAGUCGCAUAAGUACCAUCGUUGUACGUGGCUCAACAGAGAAUUUCUUAGAUGACAUUGAGCGAGCCAUCGAUGAUGGCGUGAACACAUUUAAAGGAAUGACGAGAGAUGGACGAUUUCUUGCUGGUGCUGGCGCUACGGAAGUUGAACUGGCAGCACAAAUUGCUGCAUAUGCUGACACUUUGCCCGGUUUGGAACAGUAUGCCGUUCGCAAAUUUUCUACUGCUCUCGAAAGCUUUCCUAAAACAUUAGCAGAGAACAGUGGCAAUCGUGCUUCUGAAUUAUUGUCGAAACUUUAUGCGGCACAUAAAGAAGGUAAAAAGUCCUACGGUUUCAACAUUGACAUUGGCGAAGCGACUCUUAUCGAUACAGUUAAUGCCGAAAUAUUGGAUUUAUAUUUAUCAAAGUUGUGGGCUUUAAAAUACGCUGUUGAAGCAGCAUGCACAAUUUUGAAAGUGGAUCAAAUAAUAAUGGCAAAAAGGGCUGGAGGACCUAAAGGACGUACGGGAGGUGGUAUUAGCGAUGAUGAAUCAUAAUUACAAAAAUGUUAAUUUUUACUUAUCAAUUCUUAAAUUCAAUAGCAUUAAUAUUCUAAUUUCGAUCUAUGUCAGCGAUUUUUAUUAUAAUAAUUUAAUUAUUCGAGAAUUAACAAGCUACAGUUGUAUGACAUUUGCGCUAUAAUGGAAACAUUACUAACGAUUAUUAUACACUUUUGUAUUUUCAUGCAAAAUAUACGUAUUGUGACAGCAAUGAA